AUGACGUUCACCGACCCUUUCGGCGAAGGAUUGGGCUCUUCUGCAGACUCGCAAAUACCGCUCAACGAUGGCGCCGACCAAAACCCGGAGCAUGUUACCUCACCUCUUCUCAUGUCGUUCAGGUCCGCGAGGAACUCCGUCAUUUCCGUGAUCGGCGACUACGUCGACGAGGAACAAGAACAAAUUUGGCGAGACAAGGCUUCCCGAAUCUUCGCCUAUGCGCGACCAGUCCUGUUUACGAUACUCCCCGGUUUCAUUCUCAGUCCGAUCCAAUACUACACAUGCAAAUCGAGCCGGACCACGCCAAAACGCCUCAGUCCCACAGCAUAUCUCGAUGGUCUGCGAGGAGUCGCCGCCUUCACGGUCUACAUCUUCCACAUCACGUACCUUUGGUACCCAAGCCUGAGGAUGGGCUACAUGGUGACUCCUGCCUAUAACUGGUUCUCGCAAAUGAGCAUGAUCAGGAUCCUUCACUCCGGCCGUUCGAGCGUCGCGGUCUUUUUCGUCAUCUCCGGCUAUGUUCUCACGAUCAGGUCCCUGACGAUGAUCUACCAGCGCAAGAACGAUCAGUUCCUCAACACACUCGUUGGCUCAUCUUUCCGCCGGCCUCUCCGCCUCUACCUGCCAAUCGUCGCCAGCACAUUCAUUAUUGCAGUCAUGGUGCACUUCGGCUAUUACAUCAAAGACCCCACACGAGCUCUGGUUCCUCCCGUCAAAGCGACUCUCGGCGAGCAAUUGCAGCACUGGUUCUGGGACCUCGUCGCCUUGAUUUAUCCGUUCAAGAGCAUCAAGGGCCGAGAGAACAUCGCCGGUAUGAUAUACGACGGCCAUCUCUGGACAAUUCCCGUCGAGUUCCAAGGGUCGCUGCUCGUGUUCAUGCUGCUCCUUAUAUUCGCCCGGGCAAGACGGUGGAUUCACAUUGCAGCCACGAUGCUAGUGGUCUACUGGCUCGUUCACAACGGAGAAUGGGACAAGGCACUCUUUCCGGUCGGGCUGCUGCUGGCAGAGCUCUCCAUUAUCGUGCCGGCGGCUAAACAGCACGACGAGCUACCGACUUCCAUCACGCCAGUCGCUCGGAACAUCUUCCGACGAUGCAUGGCGGCAUUCCGUUAUGUCUGGACAUUUUCAUUCUUUCUUCUCGGCAUCCACAUGAUGUGCUUUCCGGAGAUCAAGGGGGCCAUCACCCCGGGAUUCAAGUGGAUGAAUAACCCGACGCUCGUCUCACCAUACUACCUUGACCGAGGCAACGACGACCGCAUCCAACUCUACUGGAACGCCAUCGGUGCCAUUCUAUUCAUCAUCGCGCUGAUGUACUUCCCGCCGGUCAAUGCUGGCCGGAUUUUCAGGUCUCUGGUGCGCUGCGACAUUCGGAUGCCGUGGUACCGGACCAACCCAGCCCUCAACGAACAAGAAAAAAUGGAGAUGGACGAGGCACUGUCGUCUGCUAACGCCCCUCGAGAUUCGGACAACGGUGAGGGUUCCGCCAGCCAGCCCGCCGUGAGCUUGAAUCUUGAGAAUAGGGAGCCAUUCCUCCAACGCCUUUUCACCACCAGCGUAUCCCAGUACCUGGGACAGCUCUCUUAUUCGCUUUAUCUUUGGCAUGGAAUGGUCAACCACGCCGUUGGUGUCAGGUGGAUCAACCCGGCACAGGUUGCUCUGGCGCAGGCAGAGGCCGUCUUCAGACAACCUCCAGCCGGGAUCUCGUCAGAGGUAGCUCUCGAGGGGCUGCAUAAGGCUAUAUCAAUCUACGGGACUUCCUUCAUAUGGGGUAUGUUGGUAAACACAUUUGUGUUGCUAUGGGUUAGCGAUGUGUUUAACAGGCUGGUCGAUGUUCCUGCCGUCAGGUUUACUAGGUGGAUAAGUGAGAAGAGCUUCAGGAACGAUUAG